UUUUCAAAAGGGAGUUUCUUUUAAGAGAUUUUAGAAUCUUUUUUUUUAAUAAUAUUUUAUGAUAUUUUUAAAAACUAUUAAGUUUAAAUCAUAAGUUUUAGUUUAAGUUUAUUGUUCUGGUGGUUAUUUUAUAUUCAAUAAAUGUGAAAUUGCUUUUAAGCUAUGAAAUACCAUAUUACUCAUACGACAUGUUGUCCUGGCCGACUUAAAGUUGUUUGUCGAACAUUACUAGAAUAUUUUUUUAGAAAAGUAUACAAAUUAUGACCUCAUAUUUAAAGAGUGGACAAUGUAAAAAAUUAUUACAUUAUCUCGAAUAUAUAUUUUUAAUUUUUUAACUAUUACAAAAGAACCACUUUCUCAUCUCUAAACCUUUUAAAAUUAUAUAAUCUCACCUUUCGUUUUUAACAAAAUUUCUAUAAUAAAUCCGUACUUCCCAAUCCUGUUUCCUAGUUAACGCAAAAAAUUAAUAAUAAUUAAUCUUUUCACCAAUCAACCUCUAACAUUUUUAAAACAGAAGUUUAAAGACGUUAUGGUUGACGUUUUAUUUUUUGUGGGAUUUUGAGAUAUUUAGAAUAUAAUAAAUCUUAAUCGGAAUUGUUAUUUAAUCUUUUGCCACAGAAUAAAUUUAGUCAACUGGCCAAUAAAUCGUAAUACCCAUGUCCCGUUCAGUGUGCGUGUAUAAAACACCACGAGCAACGUAAAAUAAACAACAAUAUAUGUACAGGUAUAAGCUACUAGCAUUGGUGUUUUUGUUGUCGUUUUUUUGUUGCUUUUUCUUCAGUUUUUUUUAUUUUUUUUGUUAGUGUUUUAUUUUACUUGCUGCGGCUUUGGUUUUUGAGGCAAUAUCCAAAACGAUUUUUGUUAACUCAUACGCCGUGUGUGUAUAUAAACGAAGACGAGUCUCUUAAGCUUUUAGUGCGGCAACGUCCACUUCGGCUGCUGCAUCCCAGCGAUUUUUCCCCCUCAAGCAAAAGUCCACAAGCCAGUGCAAGACAGGACUUAAAAUAAAAUAAUCAUGGUCAGAUUCGGCCACCUUUUCGUGUGGGCCUUGCUUUUGGUCAUUACUACGGGCACUGAUCUGAGCGGCGAUGACACUCUCAACGACAUUCUGAGCGGUCUUGAGUUUGAUGACGACUCCUCCUCGACCAGAUUAAUCCGCGACACCUCGUUCUCGGCGAGAAACAUUGAGAAGAUCGAUGUGAAAUGCGACCAAGGUAAUGGCAUGUUGGUGGAGGUGCAGUUCUCGGAGAACUUCGAAGGAGUCAUCUACAGUCAGGGGUACUACAAUGACCCCAAAUGCAACUAUGUCAAGGGUGAUAAAGCUGGCCGCAGCUUCACAUUCUCAGUGCCAUAUGAUGGAUGCGGCAGCAAGCCCUCGUGCUCCGUGUGCGCCUCCAUCGAGAACAUCCUGAUCAUCCAGGACGACAGGGACAUUCAGAACAGCUAUGAUGUAGCCAGGAAGAUAUCCUGCAGCCGCGGCGAUGAAAAGGAGAAGACGGUGUACUUCAAGCCGUUCGUUGUGGACAUGUUGGAGGUUAUUUCCGUGGACACUCCCAGCGGUCCGGUGGAGUGCUGGAUGGAGAUCGGCACCGGAACUCCUCCCAAUGUCAGACCCAUUCAGGGCACUCUGACCCUCGGCACGGACGUUACCUUCACAAUCAACGUCAAGCACUCGGAACAGGCCUGGGACGUGAAUAUACUGCAGUGUUAUGCCUCGGAUGACAUGGAUUUCGAGGCCAGAACCACGAAACGAUUGCAACUCUCGGACAAGAGGGGGUGCUCCAUAAAGGAGAAAAUAUUCGGAGAGUGGAGGAAGUACGAGGCGCCGUCCAGUCUUACCUCCACCUACUACAACACCCUCAAGGCGUUCCGAUUCCCCGAUCGCUCCCAGGUGUAUCUGAAGUGCGAUAUCGAGCUCUGCAACGGUGCCUGCAAGAGAGAUUAUUCCUGCGGAAGCCUGCAGACUGGGCCAUGCACCGAAGGCUCCACCGAUCCCCAGUGCCUUCAGGAUCACUUAAUUUCAUCGAAGGUGACAACCCAAAAACCCCGCUGCUAUCCUGGUUCCCGAGAUCCAGAAUGCCAACGAGCUACUACCCUGCCACCGACCACAAUCAGGAUACCCAUUGCGUCAACGUUUGCUCCCAAGCCGCGAUGCUAUCCUGGUUCCCGGGAUCCAAGCUGUGUUGGCACCCAGCCCACACCUAGACCGCGGUGUAGUCCUGGUUCCAAUGAUCCGGAAUGUCAGCCGGCAACUUACCUUCCCCCAACAACUAGAAGAACUCCGAUUACCACACAAAAGCCAAGGUGUUAUCCAGGCUCUACCGAUCCCGAUUGCCAGCCCGCAACCUAUCUUCCCCCAACAACGAGAAGGACGCCCGCUACUACACCUCGGCCGAGGUGUUUCCCCGGAUCUCCUGAUCCUGCCUGUUCACCAGUCACUAGAGCUCCAUUGACUACACCCAGACCAAGGUGUUACCCCGGAUCUCCUGACCCAGAAUGUCAACCUAAGACAAGGCCUCCUGUCACCACGUCGAAGCCUAGAUGUUACCCAGGGUCUACAGACAGCCGUUGUCCACAAAUCGUGACAGUGCCUACAUCAAAGCAGGAACCCAAGUCCACUUGCUACCCAGGAUCCAAUGAUCCUGAUUGUCUCAACUGCUAUCCUGGUUCCCCUGAUCCGAGAUGCCCCAAGGUGGCCAUUACUAAAAAGCCAGGAUGUUAUGAAGGAUCUGAUGAUCCAAAAUGCCAGCCAGCCACCUACUUACCGCCAACAACUCGCACACCGACAGUUGCUCCUAAGCCAAGAUGCUACCCGGGAUCAACGGAUCCAAGCUGUCCACAACCAACUACAAGAACACCUUUAACAACAUCUAGGCCACGAUGCUAUCCAGGAUCAACGGAUCCAAGUUGUCCCCAACCUACUACAAGGACACCCGUAACUACUUCGAAACCAAGGUGUUAUCCGGGCUCCACUGAUCCUGAAUGCCAACCGGCGACUAGACCUCCAGCAACCACACCCAAGCCAAGGUGCUAUCCAGGCUCUAACGAUCCCGAUUGCCAGCCCGCAACCUAUCUUCCGCCAACAACGAGACGAACUCCAAUAACUACACCAAAGCCAAGGUGUUACCCAGGAUCUCCCGAUCCGACCUGUUCACCCGUUACCCGACCACCGUUGACCACUUCAAGGCCAAGGUGUUACCCAGGAUCUCCUGACCCCGAGUGUCAACCAAAAACAAGACGUCCUGUGACUACAUCAAAACCAAGAUGCUAUCCAGGCUCCAGUGAUCCUGAAUGUCAGCCCGCGACAAGACCUCCAGCAACAACACCAAAGCCGAGGUGCUAUCCUGGUUCUAAUGAUCCCGAGUGCCUUAACUGCUAUCCUGGUUCCCCUGAUCCAAGAUGUCCCAAAGUGCCUACCACCAAAAAAGCAGGAUGUUACGAAGGUUCAGACGAUCCCAGGUGCCAGCCUGCCACCUAUUUGCCACCAACUACUCGCGCACCGACUAGUGCGCCUAAGCCAAGAUGUUAUCCCGGAUCAACGGACCCAAGCUGCCCUCAACCAACUACAAGGACACCUUUGACAACAUCUAGGCCACGUUGCUACCCAGGAUCUACGGAUCCUAGCUGUCCACAACCAACUACAAGGACACCUUUGACAACAUCUAAGCCGAGAUGCUACCCAGGAUCCACGGACCCAAGCUGUCCACAACCAACCACACGGACCCCUGUUACUACAGCCAAGCCCAGGUGCUAUCCGGGCUCACCUGAUCCUGAGUGCCAGCCCCUAACAACACCAAAGCCUAGGUGUUAUCCAGGUUCCAAUGACCCAGAUUGCCAGCCCGCAACGUAUCUUCCACCUACGACAAGAAGGACGACAAUCCCCCCAACUAGGCCAAGGUGCUAUCCAGGAUCAAGUGAUCCUGCCUGUCCAACAGUAACAAGACCUCCAUUGACUACUUCAAAGCCCAGGUGCUAUCCCGGAUCAACAGAUCCGAGCUGUCCACAACCAACUACAAGAACACCUUUGACAACAUCUAGGCCAAGGUGCUACCCAGGGUCAACGGAUCCAAGCUGUCCACAACCAACUACAAGGACGCCUGCCACUACUUCCAAGCCAAGGUGCUAUCCAGGAUCGACCGAUCCCGACUGCCAGCCCGCAACCUAUCUUCCCCCAACAACGAGACGUACUCCAGUUACUACUCCUAAGCCAAGAUGUUAUCCGGGAUCUCCUGAUCCAGAAUGUCAACCUAAAACAAGACCGCCUGUGACUACAUCUAAGCCUAGGUGCUACCCGGGGUCGACAGACAGUCGUUGCCCACAAAUCGUGACAGUUCCUCCCACAAAGCAGGAACCAAAGUCAGCUUGCUACCCAGGAUCGAAGGACCCUGAGUGCCUUAACUGCUAUCCUGGUUCUCCUGAUCCAAGAUGUCCAAAGGUGCCUACCACCAAAAAGGCAGGAUGCUACGAGGGAUCUGACGACCCCAGAUGCCAGCCUGCCACAUACUUGCCACCGACUACUCGUACACCGACUAGUGCGCCUAAGCCAAGAUGUUACCCCGGAUCAACGGACCCAAGCUGUCCUCAACCAACUACAAGGACACCUUUGACAACAUCUAGACCACGAUGCUACCCAGGAUCAACAGAUCCAAGCUGUCCACAACCAACUACAAAGGCACCCGUAACUACUUCAAAGCCAAGGUGUUAUCCGGGAACAACAGAUCCCAGCUGUCCACAGCCAACGACAAGGACACCUUUGACAACUUCGAAGCCCAGGUGCUAUCCAGGCUCAAGAGAUCCCAGUUGCCAACCAGCGACAUACUCUCCACCGACUUCUAAAUCUCUCAUAACAACCUCUAGGCCAAGGUGCUACCCCGGCUCAGACGAUCCGGAAUGCCAGCCAGCAACGUACCUUCCUCCAACCACAAGAGUACCCGUAACGACAUCGAAACCAAACUGUUAUCCCGGAUCCACGGAUAGUCGCUGCCCGCAAAAACCUCCGACAACACCAAGGCCCAGAUGUUAUCCCGGAUCACCUGAUCCAGAAUGCCAGCCGGCAACAUACCUCCCACCGACAACUAGAAGAACCACUGUGGCGACGAGCAGGCCACGUUGCUAUCCUGGCUCCACUGAUCCAGAUUGCCAACCAGCCACAUAUUCUCCCCCCACUACGAGAACUCCGGUGACCACUUCUAAGCCAAAUUGUUAUCCCGGAUCCACAGAUAGGCGCUGUCCUCAGAUCCCAGUGACUACGCCGAGGCCUAGAUGCUAUCCUGGAUCGUCGGACCCGAGCUGCCAACCUGCCACAUAUUCUCCCCCCACGACAAGAACGCCUGUGACUACUUCCAAGCCGAAUUGUUAUCCAGGUUCCACCGACAAACGUUGCCCCCAGGUCCCAGUAACGACCCAGAGGCCGAGAUGUUAUCCGGGCUCACCUGAUCCAGAAUGUCAGCCCGCCACUUAUCUUCCGCCAACAACUAAAGUAACUACAAGAACUCCUGUGACUACUACCAAGCCGAACUGCUAUCCUGGUUCCACAGACAAGCGUUGCCCGCAGAUUCCGGUGACAACUGAAAGGCCAAAGUCUGCUUGUUAUCCAGGAUCACAGGAUCCGGAAUGCCUCAACUGCUACCCUGGCUCCCCAGACCCUAGAUGUCCCAAAGUUCCGACCACCAAGAAAGCUGGAUGUUUCGAUGGAUCGGAUGAUCCUAGGUGUCAGCCGGCAACAUACUUGCCGCCUGUAACCCACCGCACUCCUACUCCCGCUCCGAAACCCAAUUGCUAUCCAGGAUCAACUGAUCCACGUUGCCCACAAACAACAACUAGAAGGAUUCCAAUCACAACUGCAAAGCCAAGGUGUUACCCAGGAUCACCAGAUCCGGACUGUCAACCGGCAACUACUAGGGCACCAGUUACCACCUUGAGGCCGAGAUGUUAUCCUGGCUCGAGUGAUCCUGAAUGUCAGCCGGCCACGACAAGGAUCCCGGUGACUACUUCCAAGCCAAAUUGCUAUCCAGGAUCCACGGAUAGUCGCUGUCCACAGAUACCAUUAACCACUCCAAGGCCUAGGUGUUAUCCUGGAUCCCCGGAUCCCAGCUGCCAGCCUGCCACUUAUCUGCCUCCAACAACGUCACGUCCGGUUCCUACUGUCCCAACAACUAGGGCACCAGUGACGACUUUAAGGCCCAAGUGCUAUCCGGGAUCAAACGAUCUGGAAUGCCAGCUUAUCCCCACAAGAAAACCUGAAACCACAUCCAAGCCAAACUGCUACCCAGGCUCCACAGAUAGGCGUUGUCCCCAAGUGCCUGUUACGACCCUAAAGCCUAGGUGUUAUCCUGGAUCACCGGAUCCCAGCUGCCAGCCCGCCACUUACCUUCCACCCACAACAUCGCGUCCAGUUCCUACUCUAGCAACAACUAGAAUACCAGUGACUACCGUGAGACCGCGGUGCUAUCCGGGCUCAAGCGAUCCGGAAUGUCAGCCAGCCACGACAAGAAUUCCAGUGACCACAUCGAAGCCGAAUUGCUAUCCUGGUUCCAACGAUAGCCGCUGCCCCCAGGUUCCAAUAACGACUCAAAGGCCCAGAUGUUAUCCUGGCUCUACUGAUCCGGAAUGUCAGCCCGCCACUUACCUCCCACCGACAACUAGAAGAACAACUGUUCCAACGAGUAAGCCACGAUGCUACCCUGGCUCUGAUGAUCCCGCGUGCCAACCUGCCACGUAUUCUCCCCCCACGACGAGAACGCCCGUGACGACUUCCAAACCCAAUUGCUACCCCGGUUCCACUGACAGUCGGUGCCCGCAGAUUCCGCUGACAACCGAAAAACCCAAGUCCGCGUGCUAUCCGGGUUCCUCAGAUCCGGAAUGUCUAAACUGCUAUCCUGGCUCCCCGGAUCCUAGGUGUCCAAAAGUUCCGACCACUAGGAAAGCGGGAUGUUUCGAGGGCUCAGAUGAUCCCAGAUGUCAGCCUGCCACUUACUUGCCUCCUGCCACCCACCGCACUCCUACUCCCGCUCCGAAACCGAACUGCUAUCCAGGAUCACCAGAUCCUCGUUGCCCACAAACCCCGACAACUAGGAUCCCAGUUACAACUGCAAGGCCUAGGUGUUAUCCAGGAUCACCAGAUCCGGAAUGUCAACCGGCAACCACUAGGGCACCAGUUACCACCUUGAGAACGAGAUGUUAUCCUGGCUCGAGUGACCCUGAAUGUCAGCCGGCUACGACAAGGAUUCCGGUGACUACUUCCAAGCCAAAUUGUUAUCCCGGAUCCACGGAUAGUCGCUGUCCACAGAUACCAGUAACCACUCCAAGGCCUAGGUGUUACCCUGGAUCACCGGAUCCCAGCUGCCAGCCUGCCACUUAUCUGCCUCCAACAACGUCACGUCCGGUUCCCACUCUCCCAACAACCAGAGCACCAGUGACUACUCAAAGGCCGAGGUGUUAUCCGGGAUCAAGUGACCCAGAGUGUCAGCCUGCCGCGACCAGGGCACCUAUUACUACUCCCAAGCCAAACUGUUACCCAGGCUCCUCAGAUCCGCGCUGCCCGUCGGUCCCAGUGACGACACCAAGGCCAAGAUGUUAUCCCGGUUCAACGGAUCCGGAUUGUCAGCCUGCCACUUACACCCCGCCGACAACGAGAGUGCCAUUAACCACCUCUAGACCACGUUGUUAUCUGGGAUCGAAUGAUCCCUCUUGCCAGCCAGCCACCUAUCUGCCACCGACAGCAGCACGCCCUCCGAUUACAUCGGCCAAACCAAGGUGCUAUCCGGGAUCCAACGAACCCGGGUGCCAGAUACCAACGACCAGGACGCCCGUUGUGGAAACGACACCGGUUUACUGUUACCCAGGUUCUAUUGAUCCUCGUUGCCCCGAUUCCGGCUACAGGGGCACCAGUCGCAUCCCGGCCACCUAUCUCCCACCGUUGAGUGACCCGGGCUACGACAGGACUAUCCGCAAUGCGAAGACCUCCUUCUUCAAGGAAAUCAACCACCUAGCCUUAACGGACAACAAUGUGUUCGAACUGGAGGAUGACGACGAGGUGUCGUCGAGGGUGAAGCGUGAGCUGAGUUUCGAGGACGAGAGCGAGGACCUCCUCUCCAAGAGAAUCAUGAAGCGCGAGUUCAACGAACAGCCAUCAGAGCAAGAAGUGAUUUCCCUGACCCUCGGAGUCAGGAUGGGCAUCAGUGUAAAAUAAGUCGAUGGAGUUCUAGUAGCCGUUAAGCUUAAAAAUAUUAUAUAAUAUCAUCAUACGCCGAUAUGUAUUUACCUAGAAUGAUAUUCAUUAAAUAUAAUCCUAUGUACAAAUUAGA